ACGAGAAUAAUAAACAAAAUAAUCGAAAAGGUCACAUUGAGCUAGUAGUGGAGAAUGGAUAUGUGAGGAGAUGCUCUCACAUUUUGGUCUAGAAACUGAAGGCAGGAGUCACUGCAAGAAUUUCGCUAAAUAGGGACGGUCCAAUCCGUCUCUAUACCACCCAUAGAGACGGAAUAUAGAUGAUCUGGACACCUUUUCUAAUUUUAGUGUUGCUAUGCGUAGAGACGGACAGUUCUGUCCACACGAGACGAAAAAUAUCCGUCCCCAUUCCGUCCCUGAACUACAAAAACUUACACUGCCACCGAGAUCCUAAGCUAUUAGCAAGUUCCCAGUUUCAGCAAUCUCAAGAGUCUUGAAGUUUUUAAGCUCUUCAGUUACUCUCUUAGCAGGUUCUAAAACUUUGUUUGUGCAGCUUAGUUGAUAUAAAGGAGGAGUUAGUGUUCCAGACAACAAACUCUAAAGGAAAAAGCGACAGACGAGUUGCUUCAAAACUUCCACCAAUGAGUACCCCAGCCCCUCCCAAGAACCCGGAAGAGUACAAGCUCAAAGACACGAAGCCGCAGCUAGGAGAAAGGUGGCCUCAUGGAGGAUUACGGGGUGUCGGCGGGUGGAUAAGUAGCGAGAGAGGUACAAGCACUUAUGACCUUGUUGAACAGAUGUUCUACCUCUAUGUUCGGGUCGUCAAGGCCAAGGAUCUCCCAACAAACCCUGUGACAGGAAGCUGCGACCCUUACGUGGAGGUGAUGCUAGGGAACUACAGGGGGAGGACGCAGAAAUUUGAGAAGAAGACCAAUCCCGAAUGGAACCAGGUCUUUGCAUUCUCCAAGGAGAAAAUCCAAUCCUCUGCCCUUGAAGUAUAUGUUCGGGAUAGAGAGAUAGUAACGCGGGACAAUUACAUAGGCAAGGUUGUGUUCGAUAUGAAUGAGGUGCCGACCAGAGUUCCCCCUGACAGCCCUCUGGCACCUCAGUGGUAUAGAUUGGAAGAUCCAAGGAAAGACAGCAAAGUAAAAGGAGAAGUCAUGCUCGCGGUUUGGAUGGGAACACAGGCUGAUGAAGCUUUCCCGGAGGCUUGGCACUCUGAUGCUGCAACGGUUCAUGGGGAAGGGGUUUAUAGCAUCAGAUCGAAGGUUUACGUUUCACCAAAGUUGUGGUACCUUAGGGUGAAUGUUAUCGAAGCUCAGGAUGUGGAGCCUAACGAUCGGGCUCAACUCCCACAGGCUUUCGUGAAAGCCCAAGUUGGGAACCAGACACUAAAGACAAAAGUCUGCCCGAACCGAACCAGCAAUCCAUUUUGGAACGAGGACCUGAUAUUUGUUGCAGCCGAGCCAUUCGAGGAGCAGCUGGUGCUCACGGUGGAGAACAAGGUGGGACAAGGGAAGGAUGGGGUGAUGGGGAGACUAGCGGUUCCACUCAAUGAUUUUGAGAGGCGGCUUGAUCACCGGCCGAUUCAUUCUCGCUGGUUCGACCUUGAGAAGUUUGGUUUCGGGGUCCUGGAAGUAGACAGGAGGCAUGAGCUCAAGUUCUCAAGCAGGGUCCAUCUCCGGGUUUGCCUUGAAGGCGCUUACCAUGUCCUGGACGAGUCCACCAUGUACUUAAGCGACCAGCGGCCGACUGCAAGAGAACUCUGGAAGCAGCCCAUCGGAAUACUUGAAGUGGGCAUUCUGAGCGCUCAAGGGCUCCUUCCGAUGAAGACAAAGGACGGUCGAGGAACCACUGACGCCUAUUGUGUGGCCAAGUACGGUCAAAAAUGGGUGAGAACAAGAACGAUACUUGAGAACCUCAACCCGAAAUGGAAUGAGCAGUACACCUGGGAGGUCAAUGACCCUUGCACCGUGAUCACAUUCGGAGUCUUCGACAACUGCCACUUGGGUGGGAACGAGAAAUCCACAGCUGGUGGUGGGUCUAAAAAUGAUUCAAGAAUCGGAAAGGUGAGGAUCAGGCUGUCCACACUGGAGAUGGACCGAAUUUACACCCAUGCUUACCCACUUCUAGUCCUGCAACCAUCAGGACUGAAGAAGAUGGGCGAGCUCCAGCUAGCGAUUCGGUUUACCUGCCUUUCACUGGCGAAUAUGAUCUACCUCUACUGGCAUCCAUUACUGCCGAAAAUGCAUUACUUACAUCCUUUCACUGUGAACCAGCUUGAUAGCCUGAGGUACCAGGCCAUGAACAUAGUAGCGGUUAGGCUUGGGAGGGCAGAGCCGCCCCUGAGGAAGGAGGUCGUAGAAUACAUGCUCGAUGUGGACUCCCACAUGUGGAGCAUGAGGAGGAGCAAAGCCAACUUCUUUAGGAUUGUGUCCCUAUUCUCAGGUGUGAUAUCUAUGAGCAGGUGGCUUGGAGAAGUUUGCCACUGGAAGAAUCCAGUUACCACGGUCCUAGUCCAUGUACUGUUCUUCAUACUUAUAUGCUACCCCGAGCUGAUACUUCCGACGAUCUUCCUCUACAUGUUCCUCAUUGGGAUAUGGAACUACCGCUUCCGCCCAAGGCACCCGCCUCAUAUGGACCCAAAGCUCUCUUGGGCAGAGGCUGUUCACCCGGACGAGCUCGAUGAGGAGUUUGACAGCUUCCCCACAUCCAAGUCUCAUGACGUGGCCCGGAUGAGGUAUGAUAGGCUGAGAAGCGUCGCAGGAAGGAUCCAGACAGUGGUGGGGGACAUGGCGACCCAAGGGGAGAGACUUCAGGGCCUGCUGAGCUGGCGGGACCCUAGAGCUACUAGCCUCUUCGUGGUCUUCUGCCUUAUUGCGGCUAUUGCCCUUUACAUAACUCCAUUCAGGAUAGUGGCUUUGGUUGCGGGCAUAUAUUGGCUCCGGCAUCCCAGGUUCCGAAGCAAGCUGCCAUCGGUCCCAAGUAACUUCUUCAAAAGAUUGCCUUCACGGGCUGACAGCAUGCUCUGAAGUCUAAACUCUUGAUCUACUGUCAAUUUUUUAUGCUAGCUCCAUUCUCUUGUAACUGUGUUUUUCAAUAAAUCGUGUUCCGACUACAAGGUCUGCUUCAACAAAUUGUGUACUAGAUACACCCAAGUUUCGUCAGUAACA